AUGAUAAAAUUAAUUUUGAUAUUAUUUAUAAGUAUUAGGUUGAUAAAAUUUAAGAGUAUUAAAUUUAGUAAGUCAAUUAUUAUAUUUUGUGCAUCUAGGUAUAUAUUAACAAUAUUAUUAUAUUAUUCUAGGAAUAUAUGAAUUGGGGGGGGGUUAUUUUUUAUAGAUUAUUAUUCUUAUAUAUUAGUAAUUUUAAGUUUAUGAAUUAGAGGGUGUAUAUUAAUUAUUAAUAUAGCAGACUUAAUAGAAUUAAUAGUUUUAGGUUUAAUAAAUUUAUUAAUAUUAUGUUUUUUUUCUAUAAAUUUAAUAAUAUUUUAUUUAAUUUUUGAAGCUAGACUAUUACCGAUUUUUUUUUUAAUUUUAUAUGGAGGUUAUGCAUAUGAACGAUAUGAAGCUGCAAUAUAUAUAAUAAUAUAUACUGCUGUAUCUUCAGUCCCUUUUAUAUGGGUAUUAAUUAUAUUAUUUUUUGAGUAUAAAAGGUUAAUAAUUAUAAUAUUAAUUUUUUUAAAUUUAAAAUUAGAUAGAGUUAUAUUUUUUUUAUGUUUGAUAGGAUUUAUAGUUAAAUUACCAACAUUUCUUUUUCAUAUUUGAUUACCUAAGGCUCAUGUUGAGGCCCCAGUUUAUGGGUCUAUAAUUUUAGCUGGAGUUUUAUUAAAAUUAGGUAGAUAUGGGAUAUUGCGUAUGGUGCAAAUUUUUAGGUAUAAUACAAUUCAGUGAAGACAUAUAAUAAUUACUUUAGGAGUUAUUGGGGGUAUUUUAAUAAGAUUAUUAUGCUUAAUUCAAGUUGAUAUAAAGAUAUUAGUGGCUUAUUCAUCUAUUGUUCAUAUAAGACUUUUAAUUAGAGGGAUAGUUACAUUGACUAAGAUAGGGUUAAUUGGAGGUUUAAUAAUAAUAUUAGCCCAUGGAUUAUGCUCAUCUGGGUUAUUUUAUAUUGUAAAUAUUAAUUAUGAAUGUUUUGGAAGACGAUUAAUUUAUUUAAAUAAAGGUUCAAUAAGUAUUAAUCCUUCUUUGAGAUUAAUAUGAUUUUUAAUAUGUUCUUCUAAUUUAUCAGCCCCUGUUAGUUUAAAUUUAAUUAGAGAAAUUUUUUUAUUAAUAGGGUUAAUAAGGUGAAGAGUUAGAGUUAUAGGAAUAUUAAUAGUUAUAUGUUUUUUAAGAGCUACUUAUUCCUUGUAUUUAUUUAGAUUAAGGCAACAUGGAGAAAGGCUGGUUUUACAAAUGAAUUAUAAAAAUGUAUUUGUAAAAGAUUAUUUUAUAUUAAUUUUACACUGAAUUCCUUUAAAUUUUUUAUUUUUAAGAAUAGGAAUAUUUAUAAUAUAG